AUAGUACUAACAUCAACCAUUCAUUAUUUAAUGAAGACAAUGUCCCGAUGCACACAUGUGGUCAACUUAAUGUUUAUUGCAAAUUUUGCAUGGCAAAGCAUUUUCCAGAGGAACAACCAAGCGAUAAGCUUUUUAAUAAAUGCUGCAAUAAAGGAAAAAUAACAUUACCUCAUAUACAAAUUUCACCACUGAUCCAACAACUAAUGACUGGACAACACACACAUUCAAAGAAUUUUAUGCAAAAUAUCCGUUCUAUAAAUAGUGCAUUGGCGUUUGCAUCAAUGGGAGCAAACAUUGCACCACCUCCAGGAUAUGGCCCAUACUGUUUUAGAAUAAAUGGCCAAAUUUAUCACCGAUCUGGUGCUUUGCAUCCAGAAAAUGAUGAUCAACGCAAAUUUGCACAACUCUACAUUUUGAGUCCUGAGGAAGCUGCGGACCAACGAGCAGCACUAAAAGAAAAUUCAGGAUGUCACAUUGAACUUUUGAGGGAGUUAAGUUCAUAUAUGUCUCAGUAUAACCCUUUUGCAAAAGCAUGUAAAAUGCUCUAUGAGGUAGAGCAAGAAUGCAUCCAUGAAGCAUCUUUAAAUGGAGUUCAAAAUUCUAAAGUUUCAAUGGUAAUUCUGCAGGACAUAACAUCAGAUUACCGAAGAUAUAACGUACAAAGAGUUAAUGAGGUUGCUGUUAUUUUCCAAAAUUCUGAUGGUGAACCUCCUCUUGAACGUGACCUUCUUAUUCAUUGCCGAUCUACAGAUCAAACAAAAAAAACUGAAAGAAUAAGUGUUUUAGAUCCUAAUCUUGAACCAUUGCUGUAUCCUUUGUUGUUUCCAUAUGGGGACCAAAGUUGGGGUUCCAAUAUUGCUCUUAACUACAGGCCAACAUCAAUUAGUGAUGUACAAAGAAGAGUAACCACCAAUCCAAGGAUAAGAGUUAGCCAAAUGAAAUACUACUCUUACAGAAUUUCAAUUAGGGAUCAAUUCAAUCCUUUCCUUAGUGCUGGCAAGUUGACGCAGCAGUACUUUGUUGAUGCUUAUGUCAAGACUGAGGCCAACAGACUCAACUAUAUCCGUCAAAAUCAAUCUAAUCUUCGCAUUGAAAAAUAUACAGGAUUAAUGGAUUACAUUCAAAGUGAGGCUGCUGCACAGGGCCUGAUGCCUGGAAAAGCAGUUAUUUUGCCAUCAUCUUUUCAGGGAAGUCCACGAAAUAUGGCCCAAAACUACCAUGAUGCUAUGGCCAUUGUUAGAAAAUAUGGAAAACCGGAUUACUUCAUCACCAUGACCUGCAACCCUAAAUGGCCUGAGAUACUUGAUAACCUAUUAGAAGGUCAAGCAGUGGAGUUCAGACCAGAUUUGGUAGCAAGAGUUUUCAAUCUCAAAUUAAAUUCUCUUUUGAAUGAUAUCUUGAACAAACAUGUUCUUGGAAGUCCUUGCGCAAAAGUGCAUGUAAUAGAGUUUCAAAAAAGAGGAUUACCACAUGCUCAUAUCCUUUUAAUAUUGAAAGCCGAAGACAAGCCAAAUGAUGCUGAAACCAUUGACACUUUUAUAUCAGCUGAAAUUCCUGAUGAACAGAUUUAUCCAAGACUACAUGCUAUUGUAAUAAAGCAUAUGAUACACGGUCCAUGUGGAGAACAUAAUUUAAAUUCUCCAUGCAUGGUUGAUGGUAAUUGCAGCAAGAAUUUUCCAAAAAAUUUUCAAAAAGAAACUUUAAUUAAUGUUGAUGGAUAUCCGCGAUAUCGUAGACAAAAAAAUGACACCACUGUAAUUGUCAAAGGGAAAAAAAUUGACAACUCAUGGGUAGUUCCAUAUAGCCCAUACUUCUGCUUGAAAUACAACUGCCAUAUAAAUGUAGAGAGUUGUGUUUCUGUUAAAAGUGUUAAAUAUCUCUUCAAAUAUGUAUAUAAAGGUUACGAUUGUGCAAAUAUUUCCAUUAAGGAACAUAAUACACUACAGCAUGAUGAAAUUCAAAAUUUUUUGGACACAAGAUAUGUCAGUGCUCCUGAAGCUGUUUGGAGGUUGUAUGGUUUUUUGAUGCACCAUCAAACACAUACAAUAAUAAGACUUCAAGUUCAUCUUCCAGGCGAACAAGAUGUAUAUUUCCAUAAUGAAAACGUACAAUUAGCUGCAGAAAAGGCACAAGACAGGGAUACCACUUUGACAGCAUACUUUAAGUUGAAUGUGGAUAAUAAUGCGGCACGUGAACUUUUUUACUCUGACAUUCCUCAACAUUUUGUAUUUGAUGUAAAAAACCGUAAGUGGAAUCCAAGACAAAGAGGAGCAGAUACAACAAUUGGCAGAUUGUAUAAUGUAAAUAUUUCAUCAGAUUUGGAGAGAUUUUGUUUGAGGUUAUUGCUCUUGCACUUAAAAGGAGCAAUAUCCUUUAAGGACUUACGAACUGUUAAUGGACAAGUUUGUCACACAUUCAAAGAAGCUGACCAAAAGCUUUCACUUUUAGAUGACGACGCUACAUGGGAUCUUACACUUAACGAAUCAGCAUCUCAACAGAUGCCUAAACAAAUGAGGGAACUGUUUGCUUAUUUGUGUAUAUUUGUUGUCCCACCUAAUGUCCCACAACUCUUUGAAAAAUACAAACAUGAUCUUUAUGAAGAUUAUUCACGUCAUGAAGACCACAUUGAUGAUUGCAAAAGUUGCAAAAAUUUGGCAUUAACAGAUAUUCAAAAUGUUCUCAUAUUGCAUAGUAAACGUUGUGAAGAUUUUGGACUACCCAAUCCAUCAAACUUCAUUCCAGAAAUGCAAUUCAACUAUGUUACACACUUGGAAGCCCAAGUUGGAGCACAACUUCAAGAAGCAUUAAACAUCGAGCAAAAAGCUGCAUUUGACAAUGUAAUGUCUGCAAUUGAUAAUGAAAAUUUACCACACAGAUGUUUUUUUAUUGAUGGACCUGGUGGAAGUGGCAAGACUUAUUUAUAUAAAACAUUAUUGAGUACUUUACGUGGACGCACAGAUGGAGUUCUUCCUGUUGCCUCUACAGGAAUAGCAGCUAAUCUCCUUGAUGGUGGCAGAACUUACCAUUCACAGUUUAAGCUUCCAAUUCCAUUACUGGAAACAUCAACAUCAAAUAUGAGAAUGACUUCAAAAGAUGCAGAGUUCAUACGUAAUGCUAAAUUGAUUAUUUGGGAUGAGGCCUCAAUGACACCCGGUAUAGCUCUAAAAUGUGUAAAUAACCUUCUUCAGGAAAUUAUGCAGAACAAUAAGCCAUUUGGUGGAAAAGUUAUACUCCUUGGUGGAGACUUCAGACAAACACUCCCAGUUCUUCCUCAUUGCAAUAGAACUGCUAUUGUGGAAGCUACUAUAAAGUUCUAUGAUCACUGGGAUAAAUUUAAAAUUUUAAAAUUGAAGAAUAAUGUGCGUUCAGUGGAUCCAGAAUUUAGCAAUUGGCUACUAAAAUUAGGACAGGGUUCAUUAAAUAAUUCAGAGGGCCUUCCUGAGGAUUUAGUUGAGAUCCCUUCCAAAUUAAUAUGCAAUGAUUGUAUCAUAUCUGAAAUUUUUGGAAAAAAAAUUCUUCCAUCUGAUCUUCACAGUUUUUCAGACAGAUGA